GCGGUGGCGCCGGGAAUGAACGGCUUCGCCCCCGAGGAGGUGCCCCAGCGCGGGGCAGACCCCGCCGCCACGCCGGUGGUGGGCAGCGCGGGCUCCGCCGUGGAGGUGCCGCCGCCGCCAGCGCCGCCGGGGCUGGGUCCGGCCGCCGCCGCGGGCUCGGCGGGCGGCGGGUGCGCGGGCGGCCCCGGGGCCGGGCAGCUGUGCUGCCUGCGGGAGGAGGGCGAGCGCUGCGGCCGCGCCGCCGGCAACGCCAGCUUCAGCAAGCGCAUCCAGAAGAGCAUUUCGCAGAAGAAGGUGAAGAUCGAGCUGGACAAGAGUGCAAGACAUCUGUACAUUUGUGACUUCCACAAAAAUUUAAUUCAGAGUGUGAGAAAUAGAAGAAAGAGGAAAGGCAGCGAUGAUGAUGGUGACUCACCAGUGCAAGACAUCGACACUCCAGAGGUUGAUUUAUAUCAGUUACAAGUAAACACACUUCGAAGGUACAAAAGACACUUCAAGCUACAGACCAGACCGGGACUUAACAAAGCGCAGCUUGUUGAAAUAAUUGGCUGCCAUUUUAGGACAAUUCCAGUGAAUGAAAAGGACACCUUAACAUACUUCAUCUAUUCCGUGAAGAAUGACAAGAACAAACCAGAUCUAAAGAUGGAUAGUGGGGUUCAUUAGGCAGAAAAUGUUGGGACUGAGACUCAGACUGUAAAUCAAAAGACUGAGAUUUUGUUGAUAUGCAAAAGUUUUCUUUGUAACUUUUUCUCCUGAGAGAGUUUGUCUGUUUUAUUUUUCACAACCUUGCUGAUUUGUUUGAAAACCAUCUCUUAUGAAACAAAUUGCCUCAGCAAAAGUAUUUUAAAUAAAUAUCACUGAUAUUGUUGCUCAAAUGGGUGUGUCUGUAAUUUUAAUGGGUUGGACCAGAUCCUGACAGGUCCUAUCCAGCUCAGUAUAUUCUGUGAUUCUAUAAUACUUGUACCUAAUAGUUAAACUUUGAUGAACUAUGUAAUAAUAUUAAAAUAUUUUUCAAUUAA